CGACUAUAACCUAUACCGGGCUCGCUUUUACACAAACAUCAUGCCCGGCUCUAAUUCAAGUGAUGAGUUUAAUGAUGAUAUCUUCAUCGUGGACGUUGACAGCAUUCAAGCUCAUGGUAUACCUUCCUGUCAUCCGUGUAAAGUACAAUCUCACCACGAACAGGGAUCGGUGCCGCCGAUAUCACAAAAUUGAAGACCAAUGGCUUCUAUACUGUUGCUGUAUGUCCCACGGCCUGUAUAGACGAAAGGGGUUCAGGUUCUUAAGCAUUCUUACGUUUACCUACUUAGUCCGUUCAUGGGGCUACCCGAAAGACCCUUUUGAAGAUUAGGGGCUUCAGCGAGGUCAAAGUUGAAAAGAUCAAGGAUGCCAUCAACAAGUGCUUGGUAUGCAAAACAUGGCUUAAGAUUAUACCACGAUCACUGAUUCGACUAGCCAUCUGCGUCUGGAUUUAUCACGGCAAUGG